UAUUUUAAUUCACUAAACAACACACGUCCAUUUCGGUGAAAAUAAUCAUGACAAUUUACUGAAAAAGCAAAUGUUUGAAGUAGUACAUUAUCAUUAAAAAUCCAUGAAUUUUCAUAUUAGUAACCUUCACAUAUCAUAUAACUAAAUACAAAAUGACCGUGAUUUAAGGUGUUAAUCUUGGAAAUACAGAUAAAGGUUCAGAGGUCCCUUGGCUAAUCUCUUGUUUAUUGUUGAUGUUGAUCUUAUUGUUCAUAUUGAGGGUAAGGCAAUACUCAUUGAUAAUGACAGCAUGCUUCUAGAAUUGAACCGAGUUGGGAAAUGGGCUGAAGAAGGCAUCCACUGUGACCUAUGCCAACAUUGAUAACAAAAGACGCACAAGAAAAUGUCAUACCCGCUAUAUUUGUUGUCGUGUUGCCAUGGCGACAGUGAUGGUCAUUUACUCAACUCAACAUUGUCACGUGAUCACCUGAUUUUUACUGAUGACAUCACCAAUGUGUUUUGCAUCAUAUCAUCAACUUUGAGUUUACUGGGAGUUUUUUUAUCUGCUGUUGCCUCGAGGUAACCUUGACCUUACCACACCUUUGACCCACACAAGACUUUUGACGGGUCCAUCUCUCAAGUCAACAGUUUUGUCACUGUUUGCUGCGGAUUGUUUGGCUGCAACUGGGAUCCUGAUCCGAUCGUGUGUGUGGCUGGGUGGGUACCCAGUACCGGCUGCCUACUCUAAAGGAACUUUGGAGACAAACUCCUACGGAUUCUGUAUUGCAAUAAAUGUCUUGAUCCAGUACUUCUAUUUGUGCACAUACUUCUGGAAUCUCAACUUUGCACUGGAGCUCUUCACAUCACUUAAAAACUGGCCAAAGUCUGCCUGGUCAAGGAACAUGCUGGGCUGGGUGCUUCCUGGGGUUCUGUGUAUCAUAGGAGCAGUGGUGGCCUUCUACCCUUCACUAGACAGAUGCUACGGGACGAGGAACCUGGAAUGGACAAUCCUCUUCCUCUGCUUCUUUGUUCCAGUGUUGGUUGUGCUCUUCCUCAACCCCAUCAUCUUCCUCUAUGCCACGAGAACCAUUCGGAAACAGCUGAUCUUCAACUCGGGGAAGUACACCCACUCGGAGCGAGACCUGGUUGAGGCAGUACAGCUCAAGCUUGCUCUCAUCUUCAUGGUGUUCAUAUUUUGCUGGACACCCAAUAUCAUAGCUGCUGUACUGGAAAGUAUUCCUGGAGAAGACGCCUCUUUCUUUGAUGUUCUUCAGAUUCUUUGGAUAGUCAUGGCUAUCUGUAAUCCAUGCCAAGCUCUACUGAACUGUCUGGCGUACUAUGGAUGGCCCGGGUGGAAGGCAUCGUGUGAGGCUAUCACAGACUUCCUGUGUCACAAAAACAACACAGCUGCAGGGGAGAGAAGUGCUCUGUUCCUCUCAACAUCGGACGGACAGAAAGGGGAGGCCACUCCCAUUCUUACAUUCCGAGGUCGGAGCGGAAGUGUCUUCUACACAGACAACUAACUGCAGUGAAUUCCAGCAGAGACCAUAUAUAAUAGAGAGCUUCCCUCCCUCAAUUAUAUGGUCUCUGAUUCUAGGUUCCCAGUGUCUCAGCUCAUCUAGAUUGAAGGCCUAAGAUAUCAUGUUUAUUUAACCAGUCUGCAAGCCAUUUUCAUAGCACUUCCAUAUUUGUAAACCUUUGGUAGCUAGAACGUAGUGAUAUUUUAUCGCACUAAAAUCUUUGGUCUGUCUCCCCACAUGGGUACAAUAUAGCCUAUUGUCUGGUGUCCGUCACUAAGACUGACUGACUGAGUUUGGUUUUACGCCGCUUUUAGCAAUAUUCCAGCAAUAUCACGGCGGGGGACACCAGAAAUGGGCUUAACACAUUGUGCCCAUGUGGGGAAUCGAACCCGGGUCUUCGACACAAGGCUACCCCACCACCCACCGCCACUAUGAUAUGGAUAUAGCAGCCUAGUGGUAAAUGCAAAUGAAGGCCCAGGUUCAAUUUUGUGAAGCCCAUUCCUGGUGUCUCCAUUGCUGGAAUAUUGCUAAAAGUGGCAUACCUUACUCUUCCACUCACUCACCCUAGCAUUAUGGUGACUUAAACAUUGUUAUUUGGUGAAACUAUGAAGAACUCUGCUCAGCAAGUAAUUGCAGUUACUUACAAAAUAAUUUCCACCCCAUAAUAUGGCAACCCAGGCCAAGGUAGUGAGAGAAUGAGUUUUUCGCAAUAUUCUACCAAUAUCACAGUAACACAAGAAAUGGCCUCACAUUAUAUACCAAUGUGGGGAAUUGGACCAGGCCUUCAAUGUGACAAGUGAGCACUUUAACCCCUUGGCUACUCCACAAUCUCUGUUAGGUGAGUGAGUUUAGUUUUACGCUGCACUCAGCAAUAUUCCAGCUAUAUGGCGGUGGUCUGUAAAUAAUCGAGUCUGGACCAGACAAUCCA